GUGUAGCUCGAGAGAGUCUCUCGGGAGGCUGGAUUAGCCACAAGUUAUGGUGAACCAGGGUAAAAUUCGGUGUGCUUCUUACUCUUCUCUUUACUUCUCUUUUAAGUUUUUUAUUCCUGCGAUUUCUACGAUCAAACGCUAUUCACCCCCCUCUAGCGUUGGUCACUUAUUCUAACAAUUGGUAUCGGAGCCUAACUCGCGUCUAAACUUAACCGUUUGAGAGUAAAGCGAUCAUGGGUUCUUCUUCUAGAAAUCUUUAUGCAGGAAUGGGAGAAGGUCAAUCAACAUCUAGGCCACCGCUUUUUGAUGGCACCAACUACACAUAUUGGAAAGAGCGGAGGAGAAUUUAUAUCCGCUCAACCAACUUCCAGUUGUGGUUGGUCAUCAAAAACGGCGAAGAAACGCCAAUGAAGAAGGUCAAUGAAAAACUUGUCCCAAAGACCGAAGACGAAUUUGAUGCCGAAGACAUCAAAAAAGUGGAGAACUACGCCAAGGCAAUCAACAUGUUGUACUGUGCGGUCAAUCUUGAUGAUUAUCGCAAGAUCUCUUGCUGCACCACGGCAAAAGAAAUGUGGGACAAGCUGGAAGUCACAUAUGAAGGUACGGACCAAGUUCGGGAAGCCAAAAUUGACUUCCUAACGGAGGAAUACGAGAUGUCCAGGAUGAAGGAGCACGAGAAGAUUGACGAUAUGUUCGACCGUUUCUCCCGGAUAGUCAACGAUCUUCAUGCAUUAAAGAAGACGUACACCGACAGGGAUCUUGUGCGAAAGAUCCUACGGAGCUUGACAUCCGAAUGGCGAUCCAAGGUCGAUGCCAUCUAUGAAUCAAUCGGCACAUCAAAUGUCACCAUCGAUGGCCUAAGAGGUAAUCUAAAAACCUAUGAAUCGACUAUUCUUAAUCCGUCUUUGAAUGACCAAAGGAAAGGGAUAGCACUAAAAGCCGUCAAAGAAUCAACGAUGGAUGGUUCAAGUGACGAUGAUGAAGUCAAGCUUGUCAUGAAGAAGUUCUGCAAACUUCUAAGAGAGAAAGAAAAGGUUGAGGAUGGCCCUGUGUGCUAUGGAUGUGGAGAAGCCGGGCACAUCAAGAACAAAUGCCCGAAAAGCGGAAGGAAUGCUCGACACUUCAAAAGGAAAAGGGCGUAUAUCUCUUGGGGUGGAGACUCCGGCGACGAGUCAACCGACCAAGAUGAGGAUGAAGUUACCAACCUCUGUCUCAUGGCACACGAAGACCAAACCGGUGAUGUACAAGAGAGCAAGGCCUCCAAGAUGAAGACCAACAUCGAAGCUACGACCUCUGCACCCCAGCCGUUUCCCUAUCUAGACGGCUCAUUUCUUGAGUUCGGGUCGGAGGAAGAACUCACACGCUUCCUCACUCACUUUGCCAAGCGCCCGAUCUCUCCACCUCGCGUGCUCCCGGAGUUGUUUCCCCAAGACAAAGGGUACCACGACCUCGACAACCAACUCCAAGCGUCGGGUUUGUGGCCAUUCGUCUCCAAGAGCCGCUCGAGCUUCAAUCCCGCCUUCGUCCGGGCUUUCUACUCCAAUCUCCACCAUGACGGGGACACCAUUCGCAGCAGCAUCAAUCUCUACGACAUAGAGAUUGAUUUGCCUACCUUUGCUCGGGUCGCAGGGCUGCCAAUCCGCGCGGCGCACCGACGAUUCACUCGGCCCCACCGGACAAGCGCCUCCUCCUCUACAUCAUCACCCGGAUUCUCCGCCCCCCGGGACAACAGCCAUACCUUGCUCUUCAACGAGGACUUGAAGGCGAUUCACGCCAUCAUCCACGGCGCCUCCAUCAAUUGGGCGAAAUUCGUGAUGAUCCACAUGGCAGAUUGCGCUUCCAUCGCCACUGAGCAGAGCUUGCCAUACGCCUUCCUCGUCAUGGACCUCAUCAUCUCCGCCGACAUCUCCAUCGCCGGCCUGGAUACGAAGAUGACAAAGAUUUGGAUAAUUCAAGACAGCACCUUCCGGAAGAAGUUCGGAGACCGGGACGGCGCAGGCCCAAGUCGUGCACCAGCCCCCGCUCCCGCCAAGGCCUCUUUGCAAUCCAUAGCCGAUACUCUGAAUUGGCUAACCCUCACAAUGGAUGGCAUGGGGCAGUCAAUUGAGCGGAUGGACUGGACGCUGCAACGCCAACACCACGACAUGACGGCGUUCUUCCGCAGCAUCAACUACGUCCCGCCACCCUUUGCAGCACCUUCCUCGGCCAUAACUAUGAAGGCGAGGACGAGGAGGAUAACUCCUAUGCUCCAUCAUCCUCCCCCGACGAGGCCGACUUUGUAGAUGCGGUCGACGGCGAUCCCAUGGACGUCGAGGACGACGAGGACGCCGAUGCUUAGACUUUUCUUUUCUCUUCUUACUAUGAUUGUAUUUUUUAUUUCCAUUCCGUUGUAUUCCGCAUUUCCCUCUUUCAUGAAUAAAAGUUUACUUUUACAAUUCUAAAGCUUACUUUUAAUUCUUUUUGUUAAUGUCAAAAGGGGGAAGAUAUUAACGUUAUGCAUAAAUUGAGGGGGAUUUU